AUGGCACAUGCCAAAUACAUUUUGAUUGAUGAAAUGAGUUUCAUUGGACAAAACAUGCUGGAAAAUAUAGAUUCACGACUCCGACAAGAAUUCCCACAAAAUGCACAAAUAAGUUUUGGAGGUAUAUCUAUUAUUUUGGUAGGAGAUUUGGGUCAAUUGCCUCCAGUCAAUGAUAGACCAGCAUAUGAUAGCAACAGACGAGCAAAGUUACUAUGGGGGGAAUUCAAGACUGUAGUAACUUUAGAUAAGAUAUUUAGACAAGAUGGUGAAAAUUUCGAACAACAGAGAUUUCAUCAGCUACUGACGAAUGUACGAGAUGCAAACCCACAAAUAGAAGAUUGGAAGUUGUUGAUGACAAGGAUCCCUCCAAACAUGGAUGCUGCAAACAAUCUUGACUUCAAUAAUAGGGUCCAUUUGUUCUCUACAAAUGACAACGUUCAUAACCAUAAUAAGAAAAUGUUACAUUUGUUGAAGCAGCCUGUUGCACGUAGUGUUGCUACGAAAGUGGGGAGUGUUAAUAUAGUAGAAGAUUGUUCAAGUGAUGAACUUGAACUAGAAUUAUUGAUCAGUAAGAAUUCAAGGGUCAUGCUCACUUCAAAUCUUUGGAUUCAAGCUGGUCUUGUAAAUGGAGCACUAGGAUAUAUUCGAAAGAUUGUCUACAAACCUGGAAGUGCUCCACCUGAACCACCGUCUUAUGUGAUGGUUGAGUUUGAUAACUAUUCUGGAUUACCUUUUGAAGAUCAUCAUUUGAGUACAAUUCCAGUAACACCUAUUUAG